GACAGUUUCCAUACCACACGUGUCACAUUUUCUCCCGAUGUAUUAUAUGAAUUCUAACCUCACAACCCACGUGUCACCUUCUCCAAUGUUGAAUUAUACGAAUUCACAUUACAACAUCAAACCAUAUUAUUAUUCAAAACCCCAUCUGCUGUCUCUGGAAUCUGAGGCAUGUCCAAGUUAGAUCUGAUCUUUCAAAGUUGUCUCCUAUGAUUUAUCAUAUACCAUUCAUCAGUUUUAUUGGUUCACGACUUCACAUCGAAUGUAGAACUCAGGUAUUUUUCAGCCUAUAAGUAUAAGGACUUGUUUGGGCUUCUUUACCUUAAGAUUGGAAAGAGAUUAUGGUUUUCUUAAAAUCAAGGUCAGUAACAGUCCAUGAAGAUCACCAACCUGAAGAAGAGUACAUCGCCGCCGCCGCCAGUACCACCACCGGCGGGGACUGCAGGUCGCUGACAGUGUGGAGGAAGUCGCUGCUGUUCAGCUGUACAGGGUUUACUGUCAUCGACUCGUAUGGAGAUCUGGUGUACCGGGUUGACAACUACAUUGGACAGCGUCCGGGGGAAGUCACUCUCAUGGAUGCCUCAGGAAAGUCAGUCCUCACGGUUCGCCGUCGCAAGAACCUCAGACUAGUAGAAAACUGGCAUGUCUAUGAAGGCGAAGUGGGCGACACUUCUAGAACUAAAAGACCAUCAUCAUCAAAGCAGCCCAUAUGCAGUGUGAAGAAACACAUAAAUAUUCUACAUGCUAACCACAAUGUGCUUGCAUACGUUUUUCUGGGGAAUUCAGAUAAAAGAUAUGCGUAUAGGAUUGAAGGGUCGUAUGCAAAUCGAUCAUGCAAGGUGUUGGAUAAAUCAAGGAGAGUGGUGGCUGAAAUAAAGAGGAAGGAAGCCAUGAAUGAAGGAGUUUCAUUUGGGGUUGAGGUUUUUCUUCUGAUUGUAUGCCCAGGCUUUGAUUCUGGGUUUGCAAUGGCUCUGGUUUUGCUACUGGAUCAAAUGUUUUCCUAGUCAUGAAAUUAGUUUGGUAGAAUUCUUUUGGAUGGAUAUAUACGGAUCACAAGUAGCUAUGGGUUUGUCAUGAUUUUAUACUUUUUAUCCAAGUGGAAAUGGAUUAUUCCCCUUUUAGGAAA